UCGUCAAUCGUAUCGGCAUUGGUAGCAUCGGAAAAAUGGUGUCCUCCAGCCCGAAAAAGUCCAGCAAGGGCGCAUUACUACAGGAAGAAAUACUCCAAGCGGUCGUAACAGCGGACAACUUUAACGACAAGUUUGCCCCGAUAACUAAGGAUCAUCCAUGGGUGCUGUUGCCUCUGCUGAACCGGCCCCUCAUCGAUUACACCCUGGAAUACCUGAGCACCAACGGCAUUCAGGAGACAUUCCUGUUUUGCUGCUCCCACGCCGAAAAGAUCAGAGACCACAUCAGAAACUCCAAAUGGGCGCUGCCCAACAGUCGGAUGUCAGUCAGCGUCAUCUCAUCUGAGACCUAUCUCUCCGUCGGGGACAUGAUCCGGGACCUGGACUCCAAGGGCCUGAUCCGAUCUGAUUUUGUGCUCUUGGAUGGCGGUGUUGUUUCGAACACCCCUCUUCGACCAAUCCUGGAAGAACACAGGAAUACAGUGGCCAAGGAUAAGGGUGCCCUGAUGACGCUCGUGUACCGGAAGGCGUUUCCACGGCACAGAAGCCGGUGCCUUGAGGAUGAGUGUGCCGUCGCAAUCAACCCCGACACCAACAAGCUGCUUCACCACCACAAGGUGACGUCCGCCAAAAAGUGUGACUUCCCUCUGACAAUCUUCCAAGAGCACCCACGCGUCAGCCUGCGCCAUGACCUACUGGACUCCCACAUCGCCAUCUGCUCACCCCACGUCCCACCCAUCUUCUCGGACAACUUCGACUACCAGACGAGGCACGACUUCGUCAAGGGCAUCCUCGAACACGAGGAGAUUAUGGGCAAUUCCAUCUACAUGCACGUGUCGGGCACCUGCUAUGCCGCUUCCGCCUCCAAUGUGGUCAUGUAUGACUCUGUCAGCAAGGACGUCAUCCAGAGGUGGGCGUAUCCCUUGGUCCCCGACCACACCAUCGGGAAGAGCACCUCCUACGCCUACCAGCGCCACUGCAUCUACAAGCCGUGCGACGGAUUGCAGCUUUCAAGGAGCUGCAUGCUGAAGCAGAACACCCUUGUCGGGGCCGGAACAAAGAUUGGCGACGGCACAACCAUAACCAAUUCGGUGAUUGGCAAGAACUGCUUGAUUGGCCCCAAUGUGAGCCUGGACGGCGUCUACGCCUGGGACGAUGUGGUCAUCGAGGACGGCUGCAGGCUGACCACCUGCCUGCUGGCCACUGGAGUCGUCGUGAAACGAAAUGUCACCGUCAGCCCCGGCUGCAUUCUUUCCUAUGGAGUCACCGUGGGACCGGACAUCACACUCAAGGAGAACACGCUCCUUCAGGCUGAACCAGUCGUCGACGACUUUGGAGACCCUGUGGAAAAGACCGAAGAGUGCGACAGGGAUCUGGUCGGGCGAGAGGGACACGGCUUCCUCUGUCAGCCGGACGAAGACCUCGACGAAGAGGAGCUCGGACCCCAGGACGUCUGGGGCCAAGAGGUCGCGUCCUCGGAGGAUGAGGACAGCCAGCAGGAGGACUCGGACGAGGACCUCCUCUCCGAGGGGGCCUCCCCGCCCCCCGACGACACGCGGCUGUUCUACAACGAAGUGGUAGAAAGUCUGCAGCGCGGCUUCGAGGAAAACAUCAAGUGCGACAACCUCAUCCUCGAGAUUAACUCCUCACGGUAUGCGUACAACAUCGCCAUGAAAGGGGUGAUAUCGAUCGUGAGCCGGGUGGUGCUGGAGACGCCGGUAUUGUGCCACCAGGGCGGCAGUGGGGGCGCCCUCUCCACGCCGGAGUACAAUUCCCGCGUCAAGAAGUGCCUGGUCCAGUUCCGCCCCCUCCUCCGGAACUACGUCAAGGACACAGAGUCCAUGCUGGACUGCCUCGCUGGACUCGAGGAAUUUGUCUCGGCAUACGACAGGUACUUGCCAUCCCUGGCAGGCAUCUUGAACUGGUUGUACGACGAAGAGCUCCUGUCUGAAGACGCCAUCAUCCACUGGUUCGAGAAGGAAGACCCCAGCACAGCAGAAGCGCACACCACGGUCCGGAAGGCGGUUGCAAAGUUUGUGAAGUGGCUUCAAGAAGCCGAAGAGGAGAGCGAUUAAUUGUCUAAUCUUUCCAUCUGAGCCAAUUUCAUAUUUGGAGUGAACGACUUCUUUUCAAUAAAAUGAUAAGUUAUCCAACAAAAUUGGGUGACCACA